ACAAUUCCAAAUCACUCCUUUCAAAGUUUUUUUUUGAUUAAUAAUUUUUCAUAUGUAUACUUUGAGUUGAAAGGCAAUUGUAAUUGUUUCUAUGCUAGAUCUAGUUAUUAACAAGUCCAAGGCUGCUCCGUUAUGCAUAAAUUUGCAGUUUUUUUUUGUUGUUGAAUUGAUUUGUGUGGAGAUAUUGAAUUAAUCGAAGAUUUUGGGAAUUAAUUGAGUUUGCUAACGUGCAAAGAGGUGAUUUAGGGGAUUUUUCUAUUGGUGAUUGUGAAUUGAUUAUUCAAUGGCCGCUCCACCGGCAAGGGCACGAGCAGAUUACGAUUACCUUAUAAAGCUCCUCUUGAUCGGCGAUAGCGGUGUUGGUAAGAGUUGCCUUCUUUUGCGUUUUUCUGAUGGUUCCUUUACAACAAACUUUAUCACCACCAUUGGGAUCGAUUUUAAAAUUCGGACCAUUGAGCUCGAGGGGAAAAGGAUCAAACUACAAAUCUGGGAUACGGCUGGUCAGGAACGGUUCCGAACAAUCACCACUGCUUACUAUCGUGGAGCCAUGGGUAUAUUGUUGGUUUAUGAUGUUACUGAUGAAUCUUCCUUUAACAAUAUCACGAACUGGAUUCGUAACAUUGAGCAGCAUGCUUCAGACAAUGUCAACAAAAUACUAAAAUUCAUUUCAUUCUUUAACAUUCUCGAUUUUUUCUUCCCCCGCCCCGAGAGAGAAGAGGAAAAAGUUGAGGCUGUCCCGACCUCUAAGGGCCAAGCACUUGCUGAUGAGUAUGGUAUUAAAUUUUUCGAAACUAGUGCAAAAACAAAUCUUAACGUGGAACAAGUUUUCAUGUCAAUAGCAAAGGAUAUAAAACAAAGGCUUUCAGACACAGAUUCUAAAGCAGAGCCUUCGACGAUCAAAAUUAAUCAACCAGACGCAGGAGCUGGAGGUGGUCAAAAUGGCCAAAAAUCAGCUUGCUGCGGUUCAUAAAUGGACUGAUCACGACAGAAGCAGGUGCACUGAUUGAUCUCUAGACCACCAUGAACUAAGAGCAAGCAAGAGCUAAUUUGAAGGAAAUAUCUUAGGGGCUUGUAAUAUUUUUAUUGUUCAUUCUUUUGAAACUUGUUCUUAGUGUGUGAAAGAUAGGUUGAUUACCAUUUGAGAAGUCAAAAUUGUUACUAACACCGUUGCUGUUUCCUUUUCUACUUCAUUAGCUCAGGGAUGCGAAUGUGAUAAUCUCACUUUUUCUCAAGUUUAAUUGUAAGAAAUGCUACUUCUAUAAUGGA